ACACACACACUCAGUGAUAUAUAUGUCAGGGUUCCUGCUUAGAUAAACCAGCUGUGUUAUGAGUUUGAGAAUUCCCAGUAGUGAGAGUGAAGGAGUUAACACAUGUUGAAGGGAAGGGGCUAGAGAGAGAGAGAGACUGAGAGAGGGAGAGAAAGGGAAAGAGAAAAAGGGAGAGGGGAGGGGAGGGGAAUGGGUGUACACAGUGGAGAUGAGAGUGGAAAUGAGCAGUGAGUUGCAGGAGGAUUAGCCACCAGCUUCUCAGCUCCUCAAGUAGCAAGAUCUGCAUCUCCUUGAAGGAUGAGCCUGCAGCCGCAGCCGCGUGCGUCUGGACCUUAGAGGCUCUGCCUGGGCCGCUGCCUGACGCCCUCUCCCCCGAUACCCCACCGCCACUCCGCCAUGGACGGCCUGCGCCUGCCGCCCGUCAUCGAGGAGGUGGGGGACCCUGCGGAUGAUUCCACUGAUCUUAAACUAGAUGAUCCAGACAUGGAGGAGCAGCUAACAACUGAAGAGAAGGAGGUGCUGGAGGAAAAAGAUGGGAAGGAGGUGGAGGCCCCUGAUGGGGAGAAGGAGCAGGAGGAAAGAGCAAAGGAGGACAAAGCAGAGGAAGGACAGGAGGAGGAAGAGGAGGGCAUGGACCCGCUCACGGAGGAGCAGGAUCUGGAGGAGCUGAGGUCCCAGGUUCUGCAGCUGCUCCUGGAGUUGGGGGAGGCCAGGGAGGUGUCCCAGAAGCACGAGGAGGGAGUCCGUGAGCUGAGGGGUCUGCUGGAGGACGAGCGUCUAGCCAGCGCUCACCAGGCAGAGAGCUUCACUCGGCAGAUCCAGAGGCUGCAGGCCCAGCUGCGCUCGGUGCAGGAGGAGAUGGUCAGCCUUCAGGAGGAGAAGGAGAGCGAGCUGGCGGAGGCGCAGGAGGAGCUGCGGGAGGCGCAGGAGGAGGUGCUGGAGCUGCAGCAGGCGGCGGAGGAGGCGGCGGCGGAGCGGGAGAACGACAUCGCUAGCCUGCAGGAGGAGCUGUGCCGCCUGCGGGCCGAGCUGCAGCGCCUGCACGCCGCCACGCAGGAGUACGAGCUGGAGAUCACCACGCUGCGCGCCGAGCUCGCCAUGAAGAGCCAGCGGAGGGAGGAGGAGCGGCGCGAGGGUGACGUGGGUCUGCUGAAGGAAGAGUGUCGCGCUCUGAGGGAGGAAUGCAAGGUCCUGAAGGACGGAAACAGGAAGUUGUCAGAGAAACUGCAGCAGCUGCAGCUCCAGAGGGCGGGCUCCAGCGACGCGUACCUGGCGGUGACGGAGGAUGACGCGGCGGCGGACGAGAAGGCCGAGGAGGGCGGGGCCGAGGAGAAGCCCGCGGAGGCCGACAGCUACAUCAGCGUGGCCACGCCCACAACCAGGACCAACUGCCGCCUGGUGGACGCCUGCAUCCAGAAGAACAUCUCCUUCGAGGGCAAGCCCGUCACCCCCACCGGCGGGGCCGGGGGCUUCGGCGAAAUCUUCUCCCUGCGGGACCAGCUCAAGCAGGCCGAGGACCGAGCUGACGAGGUCCAGCAGGCGUGUGAGGGCUUGAAGGUGGAGCUGUCGGAGAUGCAGGCCCUGUACGACAGCAGUCAGGGCGAGCGAGCCGAGCUGGAGAGAGAGCUGCAGAGGUGCAAGGAAGAGCUGGACCAGCUGAUGGGGGGGAAGGCGCAGAACUCCACACCUCCGUCUGAGCCCCCUGUUCUCUCCGUCCCCUCCGUAGGAAUGAUUGUAAUAGUGGCCUUGAUAUGGUGCUGGUGGGCGGAGCUUUCAUCCUAGAAGGGACAAGGUCAGCAAAGGAGACUGGAACCCGGUGCUUGUUGUUGCCGUGGCAGCAGCCGUUGUGCUUAUCCUCCCCACUUUGUCCAGAGCUCUUUCAUGAGCGAGCCUUAACAGUGACCAUGCCCUCCCUUGAUGAUGCCACGCCCCUCUCUGCCCCGUGCUGUGCCACGCCCCUUUUAGCACAGGCCCCGCCCACCACUCCAAAGAGGAGGCCCACACCAGACGUUCCACAGGAAGCAGAAAAGCUGGAAACAGGAAGUAGGAACUGGCAACGGAACACCAGACUUCCUGUUCACGUGGUUCAGCAAGGAGGUCUACUGAAGCAUUCUGGGUUUAAAAAAAAAAGACCAACAAAAGUGAGACUAUUGUUUGUAUCUGUGUGAUCAGAGGACUGCUGGGCUGUGACAGAGGAUGCCUACGGACUGCAGAACCAGUCUGUUUAACUCCGCGUUGACAACACGGAACUCUCCACCUGUUGCCCACGGCGAUGGUGUCGGAACUUUGGAGUUACCAGCUGGGUUCCGGCUUCCAUGGCGACCAUGUUCUCUGACAGAACAGGGCUAUGGUUUAAACUGAGAGUUUUUGCUGGCUGUAUUUGUCACACGAUGACCAGUAUAUUGGCACUGUAUAUUUAUUUAUUCAUAUACUGGUUGAUUUAUUUGGCAUCAUGUAGUGUGCUGACUGAAGACGGUGAUUCUUUUGUUGCGCUUCAAGGCUGCUCAGAGGGAAGCAGAAGAGUGGAGAGAAAAACAGCUGUAGACAGAUCUGUGUGGGGUUCAUGGAGAAACGCGUUGUUUCUCAGAACUCAUUGCUUGCUUUACAUCAUAUGAGCAUGUUUUUUUUCCUUUGCGUGACGUGAAGUUUGUUUUGACUAUCAGACUCCAGUCAGCUGUUCUGCAGACAGCUUUCCUCUUUUUCCUCACUUUCUGUGAUUUGAAAAUGAAAACUCGAUAUUUUUACUCGAUAUUUCAGCGCAUGCUCUGUUCAGUUACAGAAAGGAAAAAAAGCACAUAAUACCUGUAGGAUAUAUCCUCCUGAGCUCCGCAUGCGUGUCUUCACACAGGUACUUCAUAUGCGCUAUAUAUUCUGACAAAAUGAAAUGUUAUUUUUAUUAUUAUUUAGCUCACAAAAUAAUAAUUUUCAAUGCAGCAUAAUUCCUUGGAAGUUGUCCAGCAGUGAGUGCACACGUUCCGGGGCUGGUGGUGUAGGAGAGAAGUGCACUUUUCCAAAUGACCUCUUCAUGACUACAGUUUUCUUUUAACUCCCUUUUUUCUAAAUUAAAAACCGUAAUAUAAUUUUGUUCAGUGGGCUGUACGCCUACAGUUGUAGCAGACGUUAGACACCUCUAUUUUUGUAAAUUGAGAUACUAAUGGUGUAAUUUUAACCAGCAAACAAUCGCAAAUGAUUUGCUUCUUCAGAGAAACUUGUACAGUGGUUGUUGAUGCUUUCUUGUGGUCUACUCUAAGUAGUCUCUGUCUGUUUUGGGAACUUGGCCAAAACCAAAACUCUUCCAAAUGAAUUGACCCCACAGUUAAACAGAUGAAGGAUAUGUGGAAGAAUAGGCGUGUCAGAAGACGCUCGACUCAAUGAAAUUAGUUUUAUGUUUUUACCCAGCGCCCACAGCAGACUGUUUGACACACUAGCAAAUAAAGAUGUUUGUGAACCAUGGUCUCAAAUGUUGGAUCAGUACAGUACAUGUAGCUUUUUAGUAGCGUUUAGUACGUUAAAGAAAAUUAAUAUUUAUUAGAAAGUGUGAGCAAACCAGACAAGGAGGAUUUCGUUAAAAUAUGUCAUUUUCAAAAUAAGAAAAUACAAACGAAACCUUAAAAUUAAAAUAGGCAUUUAUUAAAAAUAAAAAAAUAAAAAGCACUUGCUUGGGACCCCCUGAGAUUCUCUGGGGGACCCCUGCUUCAGAAUGCAGUAAAGCAAACCUCAGCUUUUGGGGAAAUUAAAAACAAUCAGGCACUUGCACUUUUCCGAGAGUAACACACAUAAUUAUCAUACAAUUUAGUCCUAAUACAUUGGGAAACAAACAGGCUUUUACUGAAUUAUAAUGUAAAGAAAUAUAAAUAAAUAUAAAGAAGAAAAUAUCCUUUCCUAAAUGUGUUUACUCUGUGUAAAGGAGAAUGUGACUGAGUGAUUAGAUUGAGCCUACAGACCUCCAGCCGAAUUUGAUACAGGAGAAAAUCACAGCUCAAACAGGCAAUAACUCCACCUUGCUCUGACUACUCAUGAGCGGUGACUUAAAGGUUUAUUUUUGUACCCUUGUUGACCUCUAAACCCCCAAAUUUAACAAUACAGUGCCUCUGUGGGUGUGGCCACCCCUAAUAGGACUGAUGUAUUUUUGUAAAUAUGCACAUUGUAUUUAAAGUGCAGGCAUAUAGAAGUACUGGCGGUCAGACAGCUAAAUGUUGGCGAUUUGCCUUUUCAUUAACUAGCGAUGCUAUUUUACUCUACAGAAAUAAAAACAUAUAUAUGUUUCAUUGACCAGUGGGAGGGUAUUGAUUUGCGGAUUCAAGAAACAAGUGUGUAUAAUAGGUUUUCUUGGACCGCAGUUUAAAGUUACAUUUUUUUACUUGUGUGUUUGUUUUUAUUUCGUCAUGUGUUAGGUUAGUGUUAUGCCCUCCCUGUUGGUGAUAUCUUAUGAUAACAAAGUGCUUUUCUCUUGGCAUGCAUUGCAGAUGCUCAGCAAGCCUUGAUUAUGUCAUCUGUAGCUGGUGUCUCAUGUAAUUAUUUUUCUAGAACAGUAGUGUGCAUGUGAUCACAUGGAGUCAUAAUAAGUUUUCACAAAAAAAAAAGCAACUAAACCUGUUAGUGGAUGUUAAAUGACGUGAAAAGAAAUGCUAUAUUACUAAACCAUGUCAGUUUGCUCGCGUGCUCGGUUCUGUAUGUCCUUGUGCAGACCCAGUAGAGUUUCACACAGUCCAGUGUGUGAGCUGGAUGUCAGUCCAGUGUGUGAGCUGGAUGUCGCCUGUAUCUCCCUGCAGAUCAGAGCCGUUUUGCAGUGGAUCCACUGUGGCUCUAGUAACAUCAAUUAUGUGAAUAAAAUGUAAGAUAUGU